AUGACUUUAGAUUUCACGAUUUCACAUAAGAAUAAUGAAAGAAAAAGGAAAAAUGCAAAGAAGCGAGAAAUUUGUUUUUCUCUGAGAUUUACAACAACACGAAUGAAAAAUGGUGCAACUUGGGAGCAUCUUGCUACAUGCAGAGAACAUCAGGGUUCUGUUAAGUUCUCAAGUGUAGAAUCGAUAAGUAAAAGCAAUCGUCUUAAUAAUGAUGAAGAUCCAUUGAUACAUGAGAAAGAGAGAAAAUAA